AGAAGCUUGACGGUCCCGGUUCUCUUCGUCAUCGCAUUUCCUCGAUAGCCACUGACGAAGCUUUAGACGAGCAGGAUGGAGACGAGUCAAAGAACCACACAGCAGGGGAUAGGAAGACAAAGUGUAUAAAUCUCCUGACUUUCCUCCCGAAUUCUUUCGCUCUUAAUUCUCUCGCUCAGAGUUUUAGCUCAACAAUCUACCUACCUAUAAACCAACCAAACCAGUCAAAAUGAAGUUCUCCCUCGCAGCCGCUACCGCCAUCUUCGCCGGCGUCGCCCUCGCCGUCCCAGCCGCCGUUGAGCAGCGCCAAACCUACACGCCCUGCUCCGGCCUCUACGGCACAGCCCAAUGCUGCGCUACUGACGUCCUAGGCGUCGCAGACCUCGACUGCGCUAACCCGCCGUCGACACCUACCGACGCUGAUAACUUCAGCUCCGUCUGCUCUGCUAUCGGCCAGCGCGCCCGCUGCUGCGUCCUGCCGAUCCUCGAGCAGGGUGUUCUAUGCGAGACCCCUACCGGUGUCGACUCUUAAGAAGCUUCUACAUCAAUAA